AUGGAAGAACCUGAAAACAUGCGAAAACUACGGGGAAGUCGGAGGCAACGCCGGCAUAAUCUUUCGACUAAUAAUUUACAAGACGAAGGCGACUUGCAAAGUGCUUCAUGCAUGGAAGGAAUGCUAAAAAAACGUUUGGCUAAGAUGCCAGUCAUGCGCGAUCGAUACUGCGUGGCCACAUGGGAAAUGGACGUUCGCGGUCGCAAGUGCGUCAUACUUCGCAGCUUUAAGAGCCGUAAGGCUUACGAUGUUCACCCCGAGAAACCCUCGAGCAUUUACGAAAUUAAGUGCAUAAGUGAUUGGGACGGCAAGACCGGAUUUCACCGUUAUCAACACGCUUUCGCCAUUGAAACACGUGAUCAAAAGCUUUUUCAGUGUGUGGCACCGUCUGCAGUUGACAAGAACAAGUGGGUCGAGCUCAUGAAAAACCAAUCGACUCUCCAGUCUCGUCGCGGUAAACGUGUAGUUAAUAACGGGAAUCUCGUAACGCUUCAACGCUCUCAGAGCGUAGUUUCUUCAUCGUACAGUGGAAAGCCUCGAACAUACUCGAAUGGUUCAGUGGGCAAGACGAGAUGCGAGAGUACCGCAGAUGCCGAUCUCUCUACGGAUUCAGAGGACCAAGCGAAAUUAUCCAGCCAUGAUAGGCUCUUCAGGACCACGUCUAGAGAAUCAAUCACCUCGUCGGAGCUGCAUCAUGGUGACAAAAGUGAGCCUGCGGACUGGGGACUUUACGGCGAGACUGACGAUGAGAUCAAGUCUAAGUACGAGGUCAUGAAUGAUGUCAAGCCCGUGUUACUGGAGAAUGAAUUGCUGAACGCGCAUGGUGAUACAAGGACAUUGGCAUCUGACGAUUUUUUGUUUGAAGAAGCAGGAGCCAGUCGGUUUGGCGCUGUAGUUGUCAAGGAAGCUACUGAAAGUGACGACGAUGAUGAUGCCGAGUUUAUUGACGAGAAGUUUGCUGCUCGCGAGGCCCAAAAAGAAAAUGAGAAAAAGAUGAAGCGACGUGCGCAAAAACUAGAAUCCAACCGCGACUUAUACGCCGAAAUGGCUGCUGCAAGACUUGCCAGCAUGCGAAAGGAUGCCCGUCACUCGAAAAAGAGCCAUAUUUCUAAUCGUCUAUCUGUGGUUAGUGAUGACAGUGACGUUAACGAGUAUGAUGAGGAUCAGUCAAUGGUUGUUGAAGGCGAGGAGAUUGUUCAUGUGGAAGACAUUUCAAGGCGUCAUAGCAGCCAUACUGUUAAGAGUCGAAGAAAAAGCAUUGCGAGCAGCAGUGAAAAUAGUGAUAGUGCUGACGGUAGAGAUGUUGGUAUCGUUGUUUUAGAGGAAGGAGAGGUGGAAGUGAAGUCCGUUGAUGAUCUUCAUGCUACGGAAUCAGAAAUUGACGAGUUGCGCCUGCAGAGAAAGAAGAUUCGAGCAGAGCGUCUGGCUGAACUUGCUCGUGCUCAUCGCGAGAAACAGCGUCUUCGAGAGGUGGUCAAGACUCGUGAGGAACAGGAGAAACGCAGCAAGAAAGAGCGUCGUGAUUUUAAAGAGAAGCUUCAGCGAGAAAAGGCGAAGCAGCGUCAGGCAGAGGCAGAGCUUAAAAAAUUGUUGGAAAUUAACCAAGCGGAAGAGGACCGUCGGGAGCGAGAACGCCAAGACAGGAAGAAUAGCAAGAAGUCGAAAAAGAAAGAAAAGUACUUUUCGCUUGCUGAGCGAAUCCACAAAAAGGAAGAGCGCGAUGCGCAGCGUCUGGAUGAGUCUGCAGUUGUUGCAGGUGUUGAAACUGAAGUAUCGCAUGCUUUGGUGGUCGUGGAAAAGCCUGCAGAACCAAAGCCAGCUAAUAAGUUGCCCUCAGCUUCAAAAGUGACCCUCCAACAACUUUCUCCGUCCGUCCAAACCGAAGCUUCCCCAGAGUUACAUUCUGCUCCAGCUCCAGCCUUUCUACCUGCAGCAACUCCAGCUUCCACUUCUACUUCUAAUCUUGCAACCCAAGGUGCUGGGCAAGCAAUUCCGAUGUAUCAUGUGGUUCCGCCUCCUUUCGUGCCAACAUAUCCAGCCGGUCUUCAAAGCAUGCCAGCUUACGGGCUUGCAGCAACGUUCGGCGCUUAUCCUCCAUUUUAUACUGCUCCUUAUAGCUACGGAGGACCCGUGGGACUGCAGUCUUUGUUCCCUAAUAUGGGUUUUAUGGCUGGACAUAGCGCUAUGAAAUCGUAUGGUAAGCCCGCAGGCCCUCAGGCCGCACAAGCCAGUCAGGAUUCCGCAAAACCGAUAGUUGGGCCACAACUCCCUACUCCGGAAGAACGUGCAGCAGCUGGUGUUAACGCACAUUCCGUUCCAACCAAACUUAUCAAUUUGCCUGAGCUGCCAGAUGUCAUCGAGUUUUAG